AUGUCGGUCAAAACCCGGGCCUGUCUGAUCUCAGACACACAUACCCUUGCUCCAAAUCCAUCACAAAGCAUCAAUAAUGCCUAUCGCCACCCACUUCCAAGCGCCAACAUCCUCAUCCACGCCGGCGACCUCACGAAAGUGGGGUACCGCCAGGAGAAUGAGAUCAUGCUUGAAAUGCUGAAGGAGGCAAAUGCAGAGCUCAAACUAGUCAUUGCCGGAAACCACGACAUAACCCUUGAUGAAGAAUACUUCACCGAGUACGGCUAUAAACGACACAAGCGCCCCGAAAAACUGGGCAAUGACGAGACCUUCCUGACAGAUGAUGAGGCCAUCCAAACACCGCUGCGCACAUCAUCCGAUCCACCAUACAAGACUAAACUAGCAGCCUACGCGCGCUCAAUCAAGGAUCUCUGGACUGGCGACGCGGCACGCAGCGCGGGUAUCAUCUACCUCGAAGAGGGCAUGCAUUCAUUUACUUUAUCGACUGGAGCCAAGUUCACAGUGUAUGCAUCGCCUUACCAACCCGAGUUCUACAACUGGGCCUUCGCAUACCCCCUCACAGAAGACCGAUUCAAUCUUCCCUCGUCUGCAUCAUCCAGUCCACCACCCAAGAAUCCCAUUCCUGAUUUCCCGGCUGUUGAUAUCCUCCUAACACACGGCCCACCGAAGGGUGUCCUCGAUGCUGUCCCGCCUGAUUUGAAUGUUGGGUGUCCGCAUCUCAUGAAGGCGGCUUGGCGGGCUAGGCCGCGGUUGCAUGUCUUUGGGCAUAUCCAUGAAGGCUGGGGUGCGCAGCGGGGAGUCUGGAGUGAGGAUGGUGGUGAGACUGGAGGUGUGAAUCUUGAGCAUGUGCCUACCGACCCGGAGGAUAUGUUGGAGUUUCGGGGUGCGUUUUGUGAUGUGAGUGAUGGGGCGAAACGGCCACUGAGGGUUGGAGAGGAAACACUAUUUGUUAAUGCCAGUGUUGUCACUGUUAAUUAUGAGCCGCAGAAUGCCCCGUGGGUCGUUGAUUUGGAGUUGCCACUUGGCGAGGGGAGGACAUAA